GGGGAUGCUAACAAGGAGGGGGCUACUAGCCACAGAAAGCACUAGCCAUGGGGGUGUAACCCUGGGGGGAUGCUGCCAAGGAGAGGCUACUAGCCACAGAAAGCACUAGCCAAGGGUGUAUAACCCUGGGGGGAUGCUACCAAGGAGGGCUACUAGCCACAGAAAGCACUAGCCAAGGGUGCGUAACCCUGGGGGGUGCUGCUAGUCACAGAACCAGUAGCCAUGGGUGUGCUCUCCAUGAGGGGCUACUAGCCACAAAACUUACUAGCCAUGUCUAUGCUCCCCACGGCGGGGGCAGCUUUAUCCGAGUUCAGGGGAGGAAGGUCCAUCCUCCCCAGGUGGCUCCUGAAAGAGAAGAAGUUUUAUUCUGGCUGAUGGAUCCUUGUGGAUCUGCUGGUGAAGGUGGCCACCAGCGUGGUGUGGGGACGUGGGGCAGCACGGCUUGUCCCCAGUCACACGUCACCUGGGUCACCGUUGGCUUGGAGGAAGCCGAGGGGGUGGCAGAGAGCCUGGAGGCUCUGAGGAGAAGGCCAAAAGAAGAGAUGUUCCCCGAGGAACUUCUGAAGGUUCUCAGCUGAGCUGUUCCCGUGGCAUAAGGCUCUCACCCUCUUGGAUGCCCACACUUCCACCAGGUUCAUGGUGAACUCCGUGGGGCUCUCCAGGUAGAUUUUCCAAGUUAGAAAGUGGGGAGCCUGCCUUCGGAGCGAGGUGGAGGAGGAGAGCGUUGAGGCAGCAGCUUUGCUCCACCCCAAGUUGGGAUGAAGGCACCCAAGUUGCAGUGAGCAUCGCUGACCUGGGGAUGCUGGGAACAUCCUUCCCUGCCUCUGGCAGAAUUCCCUGUGCCAUCUGAAGGCAACAGGAGGAUUUAUAACGUGUAUUUUAGUUUACGAUGUGCAUUUGAACGCCGGGACCGGUGGCCGGAGCGUGUGCCGGGGGGGGGGACCGGCCGUGCCGACAGGCGCGGGGUGACUGUCACCGCCUGGGCGUCCUCCUUCCGCGCCGCUCGGCGCUGAGCGAUCACAUGAGCCCUCUUGUUCGGAGCCUUUGUCUCUCAUCUCCCGACGCUGAGAAGCUGUGUUUUUGGAAGCCUCUGCACCCUUUGGUCCUACACUGCUCCGAAAUGCUCAAAUCAGCGUCACUGGGAGAAGACGCAGUCGGCAACACGUGCUUCAUCCCAUGCCCACCACUGGCCAGGCCAUGAAGACCGAGAAGGACGAGGCUGUGCCCACCUUUUCCCUGGGGGGUAGAUACACCGGAGAGGGGCCAGGCUGCAGCGAAGCAGCUCUGCCUGUCGGUCCGAUGCCGGUGACGGGGAGCGGAGGAACCCCAGCCCAGGACCUGCGGCCUCUGAAGCGCAGACCGGUCCCAGGGAAGCACUACCAGUGCUCAAGCUAUGGUUGCAAACUGGCCUUCCCCAGCAUGCAGGAGCUGAUGGACCACCUGAAGGUCCACUACAGACCCACGCAGUCCCUCGAGGGCAAAACCUUCCAGUGCCCAACGCUGGGAUGCACGGAGACCUUCCCCAGCAUGCAGGACCUCAUGGCCCACAUGAAGGUGCACUACAAGCCAAACCGGUACUUCAAGUGUGAAAACUGCAUGCUGCGCUUCCGGACACAUCGUUCCCUCUUCAAGCACCUGCACGUCUGCUCUGACAGUGCCAGCAGCCCCGCGCCACCCCCCAAAGCCGACAAGCCUGUCCUGCCUGCUACCUCUGCCCUGGAGAAGGAGCCCCCGGCCAAGCCAACCGAAGGGCUCCCCAAACUCCUGAGCGUUAUCCAACCCCUGGAGAAAGAAGCCAUCGUCCCCGGCGUGGACACUACCCCAGCGGCCCCCGCCGCGCUCCCCACCAGCCUCCCUGAGCUGCCCGGCUCGCUGGAGGCGCUGCCGCUGGUCUCGCCGGCCCCUCACCCUUUCCCAUUGCUGGAGCCCAACCUUUUCGGGCCGUCGUCCUUGACUCGGUUCUCAGGGCCACCCCCGUCCUCGGUGCCGGGCCCGUUCCUGCCCUACAUGCCCCCUUCGCCCUACAGUUUGCCCCAGCCCCCAGCGCAGCAUCGCCUCCGGCCCUACCUGCCGGGCCACGGCCCCCCCGUCUCCAACGCUGUCUGGAGGAAAAGCCAAGGUAUGAGUGUCAGCCCACUCCUCCCAUGCUUUGGCUCAGGAGUGACUCCAGGGCACUCCUCCACCAGCCGCAUCGUGUGGGAGCACACGCGGGGCCGCUACACCUGCACCCAGUGCCCCUACUCCACCGCCUCGCGGGAGGAGAUGACCCUGCACAUCGAGGACCACCGCAAGAACCCACCACCACCCGCGCGCUUGGACGCAGAGAUGGAUUUUGGGAUGGGGCUCGCCUCCUUCCACUCCAAGCUGACGCCAGAGAUGGAGAAUUCCCUCUACUCCCAGCUCUGAUGGCUCCCAUGGGACUGCUCCUGCGCAUCACCGACCCUUGCUGCGAGCUGGGCAGGGGACACCGCGCGGCUCCGUGUGCCCACGCUGGGACAGGGACCCCCAUCCGGAUACUGGGAGCAUCCCCCAUCCCAGGGUAGCAAACUGGGGGCUGUUUGGUUGGAUUUUUCCUCUCCCCUGUUUUUUUUUCACAAACUCUAAACCCCUGGAACCUCCCGUCUCCCUUCCCUAAAGGUUUCAGCGCUUCAGCUCCAGGGGCUCAGGGGUGGCCCGGUAGGUUGCUCAGGCAAUAGUGGACUUCUCUGGAAUGAGGUCUCAACGUAAUUAAUGGGAAUUGUAUGACAUAAUAAAUGGGAAUUGUACAGG